AUGGUUUCGAAAGGAGGGAGGACGACCAGUGUGUGAGAAUAAUAAUGGGAAGUGGGGAAGGGAUCAGCAUCUGAGCUGAGGUGAUUGCUGCACAUGACAAAGCCAGAUCCCCACCAUUUCUCACGUUCCAUAGUACCAUCACAAUCUCUUUCUCUGUCUGUCUCUCUCUCUCUCUCUCUCUCUCUUUGAAAAGGCUAUUGGUCUACUACUCUUGAGGACUUGGUAUAGUUUGAGGUAUCAAAGAUCUUCAAAAGAAAAAGAAAGGAGUUGGUUGGGGAGGUAGGAGUUGCUUGAUGCCACCAGAAAUGAGCAGCCCUUCUCCUUGUACCACAUCCUGGUCCAUAAGUGAGGAGUCGUUGAGAAGGUACGUGCGCUUCGCAAGUGACAGCUGCAUCCAGGAGUUGCUCUCGGCUUCGGUUGGGAAUGACGGGUGGAAGGCUGUUACGGUGAAGGGUGAUGGAGUGGAGAUAUCGAAAUGCAGGAGCGGUCCUCUUCACACCUUCCGCAGCCGCUGGCUCCUCAAGUCCCUCUCGCCCCACCAAUUCAUCACCGUUGCCACCGCAAUCGACGCUGCCAAGCAAUGGGACUCUGAUUUGGUGGAAGCCCGGUACAUAAAAGAUGUGGAAGAUAACCUUAGCAUUAUCGGUCUCAGGUUCGGAGAUAAUUCUAAGCCUCUCUUCAGAAACCGCGAGUUCAUUGUCUAUGAGCGCCGCGAGACCAUGGAGGACGGCACUCUAGUGGUUGCAGUGGCUUCGUUGCCAAAAGAAAUAGCAGCUGGGUUGCACCCGAAGCAAAACAAUGUGAUAAGAGGACUACUUUUGCAGUCAGGCUGGGUUGUUGAGAAGCUCAAUGACGAUUCCUGCGUGGUCACAUAUGUUAUUCAGUUGGAUCCCGCAGGAUGGUUGCCCAAGUUCUUUGUGAACCGGAUCAACACGAAGCUGGUGAUGAUCAUUGAAAACCUCAGGAAACUGGUAGCUGCCGAGGCUUAAGACAAUAGGAUCUCUUUGUGUAACGUGUGGAGUGAGUGUUACAGUUGGUUGAUGCCAAGAGUCCAUAUAUGCAUAUAAUUCCAUAGCGGAAAACCCAGAGUUGCAAUUAUGCUUGACCAUGCUGGCCGACAGCAGUUUCAGUGCCUUGUCCUGCAUCCUAUUUAGAAAUGCAAAGAUUGCAGCUGGACAUUGCCUUGAA